GUUUCAAAGUAGAACUUUUCGUCUCUGCCCCCUCACUUCUCUCUCUCUCUCUCCCCAUCUGCGGGCUUGACUCAUAGCCUCAAUGCUCUGAGAAAGUUUCACAGGUUCUGCUAGUAAGAUUUAACUUGUUAAUGCGGCUGGACUUGAAGAAAGGUAUGACGGAUUUCUUUCUCGAUUUUGAAUAUUUAGCUGAAGGACUCUGCUGGUAUUUGUUGGAAGCUUUUGACUUUGCUGUUGAAGAAUUGAUUGCUUUUUGUCUGAUUUUCGCAUCUUCUAUUGAGGGAUUUAUUGGGUUUCUGUUCUUUCAAAUCUUGGUCUCCUAAUUCUUGUCUUAUGCUCUUCUUCUGGUUGGUAUUGACCUGAAACCUGGUAGAAAAGAAGAAUUAGAAAGUUUAGUUCUUUAGUGGUUUGUAGAUAAAUUAUUGAUGUGAAACUUUCUGAACUAGUUAUUAGCAAGAUGGAUUCAAUUCAGAAUACUGUUCAUUAUUGUUGUGUAUAUAAGGGUAACCGGACCAUGUAUGUGUAUAGUGGGGGUGAUCAUGAGAUUGAGAAUUUGGCGGCAUUGUCUUUGAAAAGAAUUCCUGAAUAUCACAAGUGGUAUUUUGAGACAAUUGGUAAGAGGACUUUUGGGUUUUUGAUAGAAGAUGGUUAUGUUUAUUUCACAAUUGUUGAUGAAGGUCUUGGAAACCCAGCUGUACUUCAGUUUCUAGAGCAUGUGAGAGAUGAGUUUAAGCAGGUAGCUAGAAAGGGUUCAAGAGGAAGCUUUUCAGGUUUUAGCUCAAUCAACAUACAAGAACAACUAGUGCCUGUUGUUCGCCGCCUUAUAACUUCAUUGGAACAUGUAUCUCAACAUGAUUGGAAUGCUGAGACUUCUUCAUCUGAUAAUAUGGGUCUCUCUCCAUCACCAAGUGAUGCAAAUGCGCAAAUUGAAAUUCUUACAUCUACUAAAGCGCCUUUGUUGGCAAAAUCUAACAAGCAAGAGAAGAAGAAAGCAAAGGAUCAUGUGAUUGUAAUGAGAGAUAUUGAGUUGGAAGAGCAUAGGAAAUCUACAGAUAGAGGAGUUAAAAUUGAUUCAAUUUCAUUGGAUUCUAACACCCAAGGGGGAGUAGCAUCUCCAAUUUCAUUACAAAAGGAUUUGGGUUCAAUCAGGAUUCGGUCGAGCUCUCAAAGUAUCCGGAAGAAGUGGUGGCGCCAAGUGAGGAUUGUUCUUGCUAUUGAUGCUGCUGUUUGCUUGAUACUAUUCAUAAUUUGGGUGUCAAUCUGUGGUGGUUUUGGGUGCACCCGUUGAUUGUGAAAUUGGAGCCAGAGAUUCACCUUCUUACUUUAUAAAGUGCCUGUCCAAGUACAUAUGAACUCGUUCGUGUCAGGUAAUCAAUCGUGGAAGUAUGGGCGUGAAAUUACAUGGUGGUAUCAAAUUUACAAAUUCUCUAUUCAGUUCAAUAGUUUUUAUGGUAUAUAUGAAUCAGUUCAUGUCAGGUAAUCGGUUGUGGAGGUACGGGUGUGAAAUUACAUUGUGGAAUCAAAUUUACAAGCUCUCUACAUAGUUCAAUAGUUUUUAUGGCAUAUACAUGAGAAUUUUAUAAUGGAGCAUGAUGCUACUAUGUCUAUGUUGCAUGUGUUUGUGCUUUGUUUGUACCUAUAGAUAUACAUGAUGUAUAUCUAAAUGUUUUAAUCCUAGCCUGUUUUCCAUUUCAUGUAUAAAAAUUAUGCUGCAUUGAAGCAUCAUUUGUGCUGC